CUGGCGCUCGGCCGCUUCCGGUGGGGCCUGCGCUCUCCGCCGCGGCUCGCGUGCUCUGCUCGCCGGCGGCCUCAUGCAGGCUGAGAGAGGGGCUCGAGGCGGCCGCGGGCGGCGGGGAGGCCGGGAGCGGCCCGGAGGGGACCGAGGGCCGGCCGGGGCCGCGACGGCGCUGGCGAGAGGGGGCUGCGGGGACGGAGGCGGCCGGCGGGGCCGAGGCCGGGGCUUCCGCCGAGGCCGAGGAGGUGGCGCCCCGCGAGGCGGCCGCCGGGAACCUGGAGGCCGGGGCGGUGGAGCCAGCACGCGGGUAGAAGAGGACAGUGAUUCAGAGACCUAUGGAGAAGAGAAUGACGAGCAAGGAAAUUUUUCUAGAAGAAAGAUCGUCUCCAACUGGGAUCGAUAUCAAGAUACUGAAAAGGAGGUCAAUGGUGAAAGUGGAGAAUCUCAGCGAGGCACGGACUUCAGUGUCCUCUUGAGCUCUGCAGGGGACUCCUUUUCACAGUUCCGAUUUGCUGAGGAGAAAGAAUGGGAUGGUGAAACUUCAUGUUCAAAACAGAAUUCAGCGCUCUACGUGGACAGUGAGUCACUGGUUCGAGCCCUUCAGCAGCUGCCUCUUGCAGUCCGUCUUAAUGUUGCUUCAGAGUUGAUCCAGACCGCAGUUCCUUUAGAACUUCCACAGGCGAAACCAAGGAGAAACGAUGAUGGCAAGGAGCUGGGCAUGCAGUUAAGGGGGCCCCUCUCCCAGCUCAGGUCUGCUGCUGGUGGGUGUCCCAGGUCUCUGGGCAGAGACAGUUUAAGACAGAGCCCUUCAGAAGGUUCGCAGAAAGCAUCUUCCCCACCACAGUCAGCGGCAGACCAUCUGGAAGAAGAGCUGGAUAUGUUGCUACAUUUAGAUGCACCUGUGAAAGAGGAAGACAAUCUCUCUCCAGACCAGACAUCCCAGGACCAGGAGCCAGAAAGAGAUGGGCAGAUAGCCCAGGAGGAAACAGUUCCUGAAAAACCAUCUGUGACCAGAGACAAAACUGUGGAACCUGGGCAGCCGAGCACAUCGAAAACUGUCACCGAGGAAGAGCUGGAAGACUGGCUAGACAGCAUGAUUUCCUGAAAGGGGGAAGAGUGCUUGGAGCAAAUGUUGGUUGCUGUCUGCGUGAGGGUGGGCUAAUUUACCAGAUCCCCCGUGCUAACGUGUCCUGUUAUGCUUACAGCAGCCAACACCUAUCUCAGUGUUUGAUGGCAUCUGAAUGCAUGGCUGAGGCGUGUUUGGGGCUUCACUUCUGUCAUUACCUGGUUUAGUCAUCUACAGAUUUCACUGUGGACAGGGGAUAUCACAGCUACACUUUGAACCUCCUUCCUGUCAACCUUUCAGCAUAGCAGGUGGUAUUUAAGGGAAUAUACUCAAGUUACAAGGCAUGCAGUUGGUCAAAAUAAACACCCUCUGAUGUA